CUGCGCGGCGGCGCGCGAACGGAGCGGCGGAGAGCGGCUGGGGCUGCGCUGCGAGGGGGGAAAUGGCGGCCGCGGUGCUGGCGGCGCCGGAGGGCGGCUCCACCGCGAUGCCGAUGGGGAGCGCGGCGACGUGUCCUCCUCCGGCCGGUCCCGCAGGCCCCGGCUCCUGGAGCCGAUCCUUAGACCGAGCUUUGGAAGAAGCGGCGGCCAGCGGCACGCUCAGCCUGAGCGGCAGGAAGCUGCGCGAUUACCCGCGGGCCAGCGCCGCCAACCACGACCUCAGCGACACCACCCGAGCCGAUUUGUCACGGAACAGACUGUCAGAGCUCCCCGCAGAAGCAUGUCACUUCGUCUCCCUCGAGAGCCUUAAUUUGUACCAGAACUGCAUUCGAUACAUCCCAGAGGCUGUUUUGAACUUACAGUCCUUAACGUUUCUAAACAUCAGUCGAAACCAGCUUUCAACGUUGCCAGUACACCUCUGUAGUCUCCCACUAAAGGUUCUGAUAGCGAGUAAUAAUAAGCUGGUUUCCAUACCUGAAGAAAUUGGGCAGCUCAGACAGCUGACGGAGCUCGAUGUGAGCUGUAACGAAAUUCAGACCAUACCUCCGCAGAUCGGCAGUUUGGAAUCCUUACGGGACCUCAAUGUCAGAAGGAAUCAUUUGGUGCGUUUACCUGAAGAGCUUGCCGAGUUGCCUUUGAUUCGAUUAGAUUUCUCCUGCAAUAAAAUAACAACAAUCCCAGUUUGUUAUAGGAACCUCAGGCAUCUGCAAACCAUCAUGUUGGAGAACAACCCUCUCCAGUCACCCCCUGCACAGAUAUGUAUAAAAGGGAAAAUUCACAUAUUUAAAUAUCUCAACAUAGAAGCAUGCAAGAUAGCUCCGGAUUUGCCUGAUUAUGAUAGGAGACCCAUGGGAUUUGGAUCUUGCCACGAGGAACUUUAUUCCAGUCGUCCAUAUGGAGCACUUGAUUCUGGCUUCAAUAGUGUGGACAGUGGAGACAAAAGAUGGUCAGGGAAUGAACCAACAGAUGAGUUCUCAGACCUCCCUUUACGUGUGGCAGAAAUCACUAAAGAGCAGAGACUGCGAAGAGAAAAUCAGUAUCAAGAAAACCGAGGGAGCACAGUCGUAACCAAUGGUGGAGUGGAACACGAUCUCGAUCAGAUCGACUAUAUCGAUAGCUGUGCCACAGAAGAGGAGGAGGAAGAGGUGAGGCAACCCAAGUGCGUGGACUCAGACAGCCUCAGCUCCCAAUUCAUGGCGUACAUUGACCAGCGGCGAAUCUCUAAUGAGAGCUCAGCAGCAAAGCCAGUAUCUACUAGAGAAUGUCCGAAGGCUGAGGACACGAGGCGGUAUUUACAGCAGAGCAGGGACACUGAAUUACGAAGACCUGAAACUCUAAAUUUGAUGCAGGACAGAGAGCAUCACCAAGUGCUAAGGAGUUAUGUGGACAGGACAGAGAGAGCCCCAGCUGAUUCACCUUACUUUCUAUCGAGUCACCAGAGUCAGGUGCCCAAUGCAGACCCUGACCUGCACCGCAGGCACAUAGAGCGAACCCGGCGGGAGGCACAGCUGGCAGCACUGCAGUAUGAGGAGGAAAGGAUGAGAACAAAGCAGAUCCAGAGAGAAGCUGUUCUCGACUUUGUUAAGCAAAAAGCAUCCUUAAGUCCUCAGAAGCAAAGUCCUCUGGAUAGUGAGUGUCCCUUUCCAUCCAGAAGGUCUCAGCAUACUGAUGAUAGUGCCUUGUUAGUGAAUGGCUUUGAGCCUCUCUUUGUGUUUGAGAUUGACAGUAACACCAAUACCAUUAAGAGAAGGCCAGGGACUCGCAAACAGAGUGAUGACAGAUCCACCAUCUCUCCUGGCUCACCCUCCACUCAGACAGUCCACCUUUCCCCUGCACAUCCUGGUCAUGCAGCCCUGCCUUCCUAUAGAAACCCUUCCCAGCGACCCGAGAGUUUCCUUUUUCGAGCAGCUGUCAGGGAUGAAGCAAACAAAGUGAUUGCUUCAUCAUCUUCCCGUGCCUUGUCUCCUGCUAAUGAUUCUGCAGACACCAGAGUUAGGCAGAGCUCCAAGCAGCGUGAGGAGGAGCUGGAGCUGAUAGAGCAGCUACGUAAGAAUAUCGAAUCACGGUUGAAAGUGUCUCUGCCCAGUGAUCUUGGAGCAGCUCUCACGGACGGCGUUGUUCUGUGCCACCUGGCUAACCACGUCCGGCCUCGGUCUGUCCCCAGCAUCCACGUCCCCUCACCUGCUGUGCCUAAGCUCACAAUGGCGAAAUGCAGACGAAACGUGGAGAAUUUCUUGGAAGCUUGCCGAAGGAUCGGGGUGCCUCAGGAGCAAUUAUGUUUGCCUCUCCAUAUUUUAGAAGAGAAGGGUUUGACACAGGUAGCUGUGACUGUGCAGGCGCUGCUGGAGCUGGCACCCCCAAAGCAGCAGCAGCUUCACCACUUGUCUGCUGUGUAAAGACCUCCGGGACUUUUGGGUUACCUUGGCUAAGCAGAAGGACGUCAAGACUUUACUGCCCGUGCAGUGCAUCCAAACACACAGAGCUCUGUUCUAAGGACACGAGUUUCCGUGAUUCCUGACAGGAAUGUUUCGCUUCGUUUCUCCAUUUUUUUUGGAGAUCACCACAGUUUCCAAUCACGUUUUGAUUAGCGGUAAUUUUGCCCCCUGCUGAUAAAAUGGGUGGUGAGGAGGGCAGGGAGUUCCAGGGGCUGUUGGAGCCGGCUGUCGAAACCGACCUCGUAGGUGGAGGACAUUGGUGUCCAGUGUGGAAAGCUGUUCCCAUAGGAAUUCAUUUCUCUAAUUAGACAAAGAAAAAGAAAAGGUGGUUGCUGCAGUGGGCACGAGGGGAAUGAGAUGUCAUUCCUUCUCCACGGGAUUCAGAGCAAGCUUUCUUUGCCUCGUGAGAACAGCAGCUCUUUCCAUUUUAUAAACAUAUAUGUAUAUAUUUUUUAAAGAAUUGCAGCACAAUCUAACCAGUACAGUGUUUCUUAUCAGGGUCAGUCCUUAUGCAGCUGUGUUAGCAUAGCCUCAUUACUGAAGACGUGUAGGAAAAAAAAGGGGGUUCCCCCCCACCCAGAGGAAAAAAUACUGCGUGUUUUCUCCACAAGAAACAUCUUGGUAAAAAUGCUCAACCAGAACUGUUUGAAUUUACUGAGUAGCGGUAGCGUUCUUGCUGGAUUUGUGUUCUGUUUGGGCUUCAAGGCAUCUGUGAAAACAUGAGCAACAUCGGGGGUCUCCCACCUCCUCUCACCUCCCCCUGGAGCCCUGUGUGAUGCAUUUGGUUACUGAGUGGUUUUGUCACAUGGCUGCCAAGAAUCACGUCUGCAUUUUGCCAGCACUGAGGUACAGCCUGCCCUGCGAGUCCAUUGGAAGCCGUGCCCAGGCUGUGCAUCUGGUGGGGGCUGCAGCACCAGGUGCAGGCGUGCUGAGUGUCACCACUGCUGAGAAAUGCAUCGUUUUAGGAGCAUAAGGACUGAAUUUCCACAGGUGGGCUGCAUGUUGUCAAAGCAGAAGUGCUACAAAAGGUGGCUUCUAUUUGUGGGCUUGGCAGGGCUUUAAACCUUUGAUGGUGGGUGUUUGUAUAGAGGGAUGCACUGGUUCUACACAACUGCCAUUACUUUCUUCCUCUUUCUUUAACAUAAAAAUGGAAAUUCAGUAUACAGGAACAGGAGAGGCAGCAGGAGAGUUUUGAAUUACUCUUGGAAGUUAGUGUGCAAAGCACAGGUGGGGAGCUCUCUGUGCUCUUGCCCCAGCAACAAAGCCAAGCUCUCUACCAGAUCAAUUACAUCUUUUUUUCCCCCCCCUAAGGCAGACCUUGGAAAACGCAGUUCUCCACGCGCACAGUUCUUUUGCUAGUUCUGAUCAGUUCAGGCCAGAACAGUGUGCCACUAACGGGGGUUGCAUGAGGUCUGAGACCAGCAUUGUGCCUCGGAGUUAUACUGGAAGCAGAAUACGUGAAGAGGACUUUAUAGGUGUAAAGGAAGGAGGAGUGAGGAAUGGCGAGCUAAACGCCAUUCUCACUGCAGUGAACCUGCUGCAGGGACACCGGCAAAGACUGCUCUUAGCUGGAUUUCUUCCCCUUUUGAUUUGCAGCUUUCUUUCCAGUCUGUUUGCUCCAUGUCUGAGCGUCAGGACUCACCGUGAUGGCUGCUGCAUCGGUGUUUCACACGACAAUUCCAGUUGCUCCUUAUUGGCAUUGGCUGAUUGUGUUGCAGGUCACAAAGAACACAUGAAAGGGAUUUAAAACUGCACAGCCGAAAGGAGAAACCUUUUCAGUCCAACUAGCGCGUUGCUGUGAGCUCUGCAAGAAGUGAAAAUGCCAACAACUCGCAAUGUGUAGGAGAAGAGAGCAGCUCCGUGCAGGCCUGCUUUCCUCCCAAGUAGGUUUUAUGUUUCACGUAAUUCCACUUGCAGGGAUUGUUGGGAAUUCUUGAGGGGUUACGUAAGUGUCAGGAGUUACUGCUGCAGUUGGUUGGAUGGAAGGUUCUGCCACUCACAGCAAGCUGCAGCGUAGCACAGAUGUUUCUUGUGUUUCUCUCGUGCAGUUGGAAAGAGGAGGACACUGAGUUCAUAUUAGUUUUAACAGGAGGUCAUCAUUUGGAUCAUAUGGGAGCACGUCACUUCUUACUAGCACUCGUUGCCCAUGGAGUCUGUGAGGGUGUUGUUUGCUUUAGUCCAGCACUUACAGACAAUAACACAAUUAACAGCAUUCAGGUCGGUGGAAGUUUCAUUAAUACGAGUUCAUAGGAAUUAAUGGGUUGGAGGUGGAGGGUCUGAGCUGCUGGAAAUGGCCGUGUUUGUUGUCUGGUUAGGACAGCCGCUCCGGGCUGCAGGCAGCACUCACACGUGGCAGCUGAGCCCACCAACAGGCAGUGCCACCUGGACCCGCUGUCACAAGCAGCAGCUCGCUCCGGCGCUUCCAGAUGUCUGUGGCCACGUUAGGUUAACCUGCAUAGCCUUGUGUGUUCGUGCUGGCAGGUACUAAGUGUUGACCAGACGUUCAGGACAAAAAUCCAAGCCUAAGGUUUCAUCGUACGGUUUAUUUAAUGUGUUAUACCAAAAAACGGUUCUGUUUUGCAGACUAAGUGGGAUUUUUUAGUGUGUUUAUGUGCAAUUUUUGUUGUGUAUAAAAUUCUGUUUUGUGUGAAGAGGCAAUUACCUUUCCUUUCCGGGGCAUUCGUGUUGGAGGAUGUGGGAGGAAUCCAUCGGGGCGUUUUGUGCUUUGCUGGUGCUCAUCCACCAGCUCUGUCGUGUCACCAUCCUUCCUCAAACGAUGGUGAGCACUGAGUUUGAGGCUCCGCAAUGUUACCCCCCCAAAAUGGAAUGGCACUGGCACUGAGGAGUCCCUCACAGCAUUGAUGUGAUGAGGUCAGAACAGCAGGGGUCUGAUUCUUCCCCUCGUGAAGGAGGGGACUUGGGUGGCCUGGCUGAAAUAAACCACAGAGAACUUUUCACACCACCGAGAACUCGUCUGCCAUUCUCAGCUGUGACACAGUGGCAAAUGGCUCUGUUAUCCUUUUACGACUGUAAAUGUUCCUUUGGAAAACUAAAAAAACCCUAGAAAACAAAAAAUAAAAAAAGUGUUUUAGGAACAGAGGUCUUCUAAAGUGAAUUUAGACAUUAAAAAAUCCUUUUGUGUAGAUACCGUGAUGUUUUACAAAGCAAUCUAAUUUUGUUAUUUCUGAAAGCAGUGUAAACGUGUAAUUAAUAAAGGAUUUUAAGGCUUCAUCCCAUGCUGUACGUCUGUAAAUACAUUCCAUAAUUUCUAUGUCUGUUAAAUAUAAAUAUGUUUGGAUAUUGUACACUUUAUUUUAAAUUGCCUGUAUUCUGCCAGUAGUGUGAACUUCCAGCACAAUAAUAAUAUAAAAGGAAACCGUGGGUAAUUUGAAAUAAAGUUGUAAGACUUACAUGAA